GUUCCGAUGUAUAAUUAGGCUAAAUCCCUGCAGAUAUUGUAUGUUUGCCUGGGAUUACUAGAUGUUCUAUUUACCUGUUCUUACCUGACACUACCUGUAUACCUGUUCUAAAGUACACAUACCCGCUGUGAGCAGAAACCGGACAAAAUGAACUGGAAUUAAAUCAACUUGCAAUGACCAAAGAUUUUGUGUUUAUUACAUGUCAUGGCAGAUCGUGUUUACCUGUGAUGACCAGAGUCUCCAUCAUUUACCUGUGAUGACAAGAGACUCUAUAGUUUACCUGUGAUGACCAGAUACUGUAUAAUUUACCUUUAAUUCAGGGUUUAUAUUUUACCUGUGACUUGAUGCUUAUUAAUUUACCUGUGACUAGAGGCUGUAUUAAUUAACUUGUGAUGACUGUAGACCUGGAUUUACCUUAAGAUAAUCAAGCAUAUGUAGUCUGCAAGUUUUUUGACCGCUAAAUACAAUGGAGGAGUCGAACAGAUUUAUCUCCCCUGUAGACCGGAAAGACGUGAUGCGAGCGGAAAUGAAAGCUCUGCCAGAGGACCCGGAUACUCAAUGUGGCGUUGGUGCCUGUAAACCAAGAUUUAUGAAACGUUGCGGUAACAUUAUUUGUUUCACGGCGUUUUACAGCUUGGCAGGACUUUUUUCGUCCACAAUUUCCAUGUAUGUGAAUUCACAGAUUACUACCAUGGAGAAAUAUUUUGGAUUCUCAAGUUCGCAAAGUGGAUUUCUCAUGAGUUGCAAUGACAUUGGGUUUCUAUUAACAACCAUAUUCGUCAGUCACAACGCCAGGAGAGUUCAUAUACCAAGAGUUUUGUCAAUAGCCACCAUUGUGUUCGGUGUGUCUGGAAUUCUAUGUUCGUUGGCAUAUUUUCUUUCGCCAACGUUCAUGACCGAAGGUCAAGGACUUUUAAAAGGUCAAGAUAUAGGUGAAGGUCAAAAUGUGUAUGUAAAUGACUCGUUAACUACGUUCACUAAAGGGGGACAACUCUGUGACGGCGCAGGCAAAGAAGACUGUUUACAUGUUGACGUAUCUAAUGCUGAGAUAAAAGUCGGGGCCCCGACAAACUUCACGCCGGUAGCCUUAACUAUUCUUGCCAUUGGAAUGUUUCUUCAGGGUUUCGCUAAAUCUCCAAGGCAACCAUUUGUGACGUGUUACAUCGAUGACAACGUGAAGAAAACUAGCACCGGAAUGUAUCUGGGUGCGAUAAUGGCGCUAUCCAUUUUUGGACCAGCUAUAGCAUUUGGACUCGGUGGUUUCUUUACUCAAAUCUACAUUUCACUCGAAGAAGUCUCUAUCAAUCCUCGGGACCCGCGCUGGGUGGGGGCGUGGUGGUUGGGAUUCCUCCUUUUUGGAUUUCUUGCUAUUCUGGCCGGUAUUCCAGUUUUCUUUUUUCCGCGCAGGCUCAAACCGAGGCCAGCGGAUCAUGCUGACGGGAAAUCUGGCUUACUUGAAAACACGAAAGAAAUCCUGAAAGGACUUUGGAAGCUGGUAACGAACCGACUGUAUAUGUUGGUGGUGUUGGCGAGCUGUCUAACGUUGUUUUCAGUCGGGGGUACCUUAGCGUUCCAACCGAAGUACUUGGAAACACAGUUCCAGAUUCCUGCCUGGUUUGCGAACCUCGUUAUGGGCAUGAUUGGUGUAUUCGCGGCAGCACUUGGCAGCUUCUUGGGAGGAUGUGUCGUAUCCAAAUUCAAAUUAUCCCCAAUCGCUUGUGCCAAGCUCAUUUUGGGAAUCUCGUCCUUCGCCGUUUUGCUCCCGAUAUUUGGAUACAGUUUUGGAUGUUAUAAUCCCGAGAUUGUAGGAUUCAACACAGUAGGAAAUAGUUCCAAUGACUUUGCGGAUUGUACAGACAGUUGUCUUUGCGAUGACGGGGAUUAUUUUCCAGCCUGCGGAUCAGACGGACGGAAUUACUUUUCGCCGUGCCACGCCGGGUGUUCUGAUCAGCAAGGGCAGACGUUUGUUGGAUGUGGAUGUGUCGGAGUAAACGGGACAGCAUCUCCUGGUCUGUGUCCUACAGACUGUAAUAUGCUGAUACCUUAUGUGGCCGUGACGUUUUUUGGUGGCCUCGUCGCAGCAAUGGCAGCCAUGCCAAGCAUUAUAUUCAGCAUCAGAUGCGUCACGGAUAAACAGAAGUCGCUGGCUGUAGGGUUUUCUACCUUUCUUCAGACCCUACUCGGUUGGUGUCCGGGGCCAAUUGUUAUGGGCAUGGUCAUCGACACUUCCUGUUUAACUUGGAAUUCUUCCUGUCGCGGUCAAGGCGCAUGCUCAAUGUACGAUAUUGAAGACUUUAAACUGAAACGUCACGUGAUUGAGCUUGCUAUAAAGUUCGUAACACUUUUGAUGCACAUAGCAAUGUUAAUCAUAGCCAAACGCACUGAUUGGAGUCAAUAUGACAACGAGGAAACUGUUACUGCAAAACCGGAAACGGAAAUGCUGAUGAUUUCGAAUGGAAAAGCUAAACGCAGUCUAACAGGAUACAAAGAUCCAAUCGUUAAAAAAACAUAAUGACUAUAAAUUCAUCUUCUUCUCCAACCAAGACAAUACAAAGGGAUACAAGCGGAGUGACUCAUUUUCUCCAAAAGGACAAAAGUGAUGAAGUAUUUUGUUUUAAACCGGCGGGAAUGCUGUAGUAAUCCCGAAAUCAUCAGGAUGCUAACCAACCAAGGGACACAAUUGUUAUACGACAUCCACUUGAAGGUUACACACUAGUAAUUCAUUCAACCGGAUAUUCUGCCCCACUUCCUGAUACCAUUAUACCAGUAUUUUAUCUUACAGAUUAUGCAAUAUCUACCAGAGUUAUCUCCCUUCAGUAUAUGAAGUAUUAUGUAUACAUUCUUAAGUUGUUUUCAAAUGUGUCACAUAUAUAUUUACAUGUUAAACAUACAAAGUACACAUAUGAAACAAGUUUAUCAACAUUUAUCACAUUUUAACCAGUGAAAUAUCAGGAAUUCUCCAUUUAAUAAAAUAUAUUAAUCACUUUUGUUGGCAUGGAGGGUUGUGCGAAAAUGGGUCUUAAGAAAAAAACUUGCGUGGUCGGGCCUGUGACCAAAUACCGUUAUGUAUGGUCGGGGAAUCAGACACUGGCUGUCUUAACGCAAGCGAGUACGCUGCGCAUUGCGCAACAAGACUGCCCUUCUGUCAUUAGUUUACUUGGAUAUUUCUCAGACAAUUUUAGCAUUUUUACGAUAAUCUUUGUGUUUUCCCCCUCUAUUGUUAUCGUUAUUUGGCUGUGUUAUUUGAAAGGACAAAGAUUAUAUUUAUAUCGAAGUGGAAAGACGAUUAUCAGUUUUUCGUUAUGUCGCGUUGUUAUAACGAUUAUGAGCUAAUGAAAACAAAAUCAUAAUUUUAUUGAUAACGUGUAUCAUCACUUUCUUUCAAGAGAUCUUAGGGAAAUAUGUAACAAGUUAUUUUUGUUUCGUUAUUUCGCCGAGAAAAGAAUGUCGCUAUCGCACUUAGGAUAAACGACAAUAAUUUAAACGGGAUGAAAUAACAAUAUUUACUUGGACGAAAUACAUGUAAUGAUGUUUGACGGGACGUGAAGGUUUUUAUUAUAUAUAAAAUAUCCAAUAAACAGCCAACAUUGCUAAAAGUCCUUGUAUGUCGACGAUUUAUUACAAUUAUUGAACGCAUUUGCAAUAACAUAUUUUGUUAUCAAAAUUAUACAUUUUGUUUACCAGUACGCAGA